UGGUCAUAUCAACAUUUUCAUAUUUGUUGUCCUAAAAAGUUAUUUAGAAUGUAUCUAGCUGUAUUUUAUUAUGGAAAGUUAUCAAGCCGAACAUGAAAAGAAAGUAUGGAUCCCUGACACAUUUUGGAGGACUCCACAACAAGCAGUGCCGGGCAGACCUCGUCAGAAGCUCCAACGAAACGAGGUUAUGUCGGGGUCAUCAUAUCAACAAUUCCAGGCGUCCGUGAACGACGCCUGGGACUUGGGGGACGACGAGAUCAUUUCCGGGAUCGCCGAGACCAGAAUAUCGAAGGCCAUAUCGCAGACUGCAGCUUUAAACGUAAUAAACUCGCAUCGCAAUAGCACCAAGAACGUAAACAAAAGUGACGUCAAAGUGGAACGGGAGAACAUAAAGCCGAAGGAUGAGGUUGUGGCGGUGAAAAGGAAUGAAAUUAGGAAGUUGGGUGCGGCCCCUGGGGGCAGCGCGGGCCCGCUCCGUCACUACCCGGGGCGGCCGCGGCCCGUUAAGCUGUCGGCGCUCACCUCCCGGGAGGAGAGCAGCGAGUCCAAGCUGGAGAGGUUCCAGCAAGUUCUAGAAAACUCCGUGCUAGACCUGGACGAGUUAAAACAGCUCAGCUGGUCUGGCAUCCCAACAAAGGCUAGAGCAGUAACAUGGCGUCUCUUAGCAGGCUACCUUCCUGCAAACUCAGAACGUCGUGCAGAGACAUUAGAGCGGAAGCGUGCUGACUACAUACAUUUGGUCAGGCAGUACUAUGAUGCAGAGAGAGAGGAGGAUACAUACAGACAGAUUCACAUAGACAUACCAAGAAUGAGCCCUCUUGUUGCUCUGUUCCAACAAAUCACUGUACAGGUGAUGUUUGAGAGAAUUUUAUACAUAUGGGCCAUCAGACAUCCAGCGUCAGGCUAUGUCCAAGGCAUCAAUGACCUGGUCACACCAUUCUUCAUGGUCUUUCUACAAGAAUCAGCUCCGGGGAAGGAGUUGGACAACUUUCCCCUGGACAGUCUGACCGAGGGACAGCGAGACAUUAUCGAGGCAGAUUCCUUUUGGUGCUUGUCCAAGUUUCUAGAUAGUAUUCAAGAUAAUUAUAUAUUUGCUCAGCUUGGUAUUCAAUAUAAGGUGAACCAGCUGAAGGAACUAAUAAGACGUAUAGACCUGCCUCUUCAUGAGCACCUACAGAACCAUGGAGUGGAUUAUCUUCAGUUCUCAUUCCGAUGGAUGAACAAUCUCCUGACCAGAGAGAUACCGCUGCCCUGCACCAUCAGGCUAUGGGAUACUUACCUAGCUGAGUCGGACGGCUUUGCCACUUUCCAGCUAUACGUAUGUGCAGCCUUCCUUCUCCACUGGCGCGAGAGGCUAAUGCUAGAACAGGACUUCCAGGGACUCAUGAUUCUACUCCAGAACGUUCCGACUCAGAACUGGACAGACUCAAACAUAAGUAUGCUCGUGGCUGAAGCGUAUAGACUGAAGUUUGCGUUUGCAGACGCACCCAACCACCUUCACAAUGCGGGCAAGUCUGACAGAUGACCGGACACUUAUACGUUAGGAUGACCAGGGUUUUGAACUCUGGUUUGACUCGAAUUAGAUAACGAAAUAUGAAAAGAUUGAAAAUGAACUGGAUAUGUUUAUAAGCAAAGUUUGAAAUAUUCGAGGUUGAUAAUUUCGAUUAAGAUUAUGAUUAUCCCUUAUAUGUUGGACACACCUAGACUUAAGCUUGUGCACGCAAUAUUGUGAUUCGUACAAGCGCGAAAACAUUUUAAUAUCUGACAUUAUUUGCUGUCAAUGUAUUGUGUCCAAACAGCUGAAAAAGCUUUUGAUGCGCUCCAUUUUUCAAUUACGCCAAUUAUAUUAUUAUUAUUUGCAUUAAACGUUUUUACUAUCAAGUAUAAAUGCCAGAUUUUUUGUAAAAUAAUACAAUGUAAGUAGCUUUUCGUAAAUGAUACUUCGAAAUAUCAAACACAAGAGGAAUAUUUUGUAAUAAUAAAAUAAUAUUAUGUUCCCAGUAUUUACAAUCACUUGGACUUAUCUGUGUGGUUGGUUGAGGAAAAUCAAUAAUAUCCUGAACAUAAUAUAUUGUAAAAUGAAGUUUAGUUGUACUUUACGGUGUAGGUAUUUUUGGCUUUUGCCAAUGAAACAGUUCACAUUAUAAAAAAAGUUGAGUUGUUAACA